CGAGCGCUCAGAGCACUUUGUUUGUGGGCUGGGUGAGCAGGGCAGAGAUGUGGCUGUGUUUGCUUUGGGGUGUAUGCACCUUGCAGGUGUUCUGUGGGGCUCAGCAGUGGGCCGCUUGGAGAUGGCUACAGACCCCCCGGGCCCCGCAUCGUGCUCAGCUGCCUCUGGCCUCCCCUGCAGUCACGGUGGCGUGUGGGCCUGACCGCAUGGUGGUGACUGUCCGCAGAGACCUCUUUGGGGUGGGGAAACCCGUUGCCCCCACAGACCUGGCUCUGGGAGGGACCUUCUGCCCUCCUGUGUCCUUUGACUCUGCAGCGGACCUUGUUGUCUUUGAGGCUGGUCUCCACGAAUGCGGCAGCGUCCUGCAGAUGACUCCGGACUUGCUGAUCUACCAAACACGCCUCUAUUACACUCCGUCUCCUGCUGCCAACCAAGUAAUUGUUAGAGCCAAUGCUGCGGAAAUACCCAUUGAGUGCCGCUACCCCAGGAAAGAGAACAUCACCAGUAAGGCCAUCAAGCCCACCUGGACUCCAUUCAGGUCUGCCUUGUCAGCUGAAGCAAGACUGAAGUUCUCCUUGCAGCUCAUGAGUGAGGACUGGAGUGCAGAGAGAACCUCAACCACUUUCCAGCUAGGAGAUGUCCUGUGCCUGCAAGCUGAAGUCAAGGCUGAAAACCACUUGCCCCUGAGGCUCUUCGUGGACAGCUGUGUGGCUCACCUGAGCCCCGAAACCACCUCGAGGCCCCAGUACUCUCUUGUUGACUUCCAUGGAUGUCUAGUGGACGGAAGACAAGCCCCCGCCGUCUCCUCCUCCACAUUCCUUUCCCCUCGGCCCUGGCAGGCGGCCCUGCGCUUCACGGUCAAAGCUUUCAGGUUUGCUGGAGACGCCAGGAACGUGAUCUAUAUCACGUGCCACCUGAAAGCGACGCCAAUGGACCAGGCGCCAGACGCCCAGAACAAAGCGUGCUCCUUCAACGCAGCAAGCAAUACCUGGCUUCCUGUAGAGGGAUCUCGAGACAUCUGCGGCUGCUGUGAGUCCGGGGACUGUGGCGGGACCUGGGAGGAGCAUCCCCGACAUCUCGGCCCGAGACCUCGGCCCCUGGCAGCAAGCUGGCAGAGGAGCAUGCCAGCCGACACAGCCCCGCAUCGGACCUGGCUGGCCGUGGGGCCCCUCCUCGUCUCUGAUCCCCAAGAGAGCUUUGGAGAGUUCCCUGGAGACCCGGAGGAUGGUGAGGAGAUGGCGAGGGAAGAGUUCAUUCCCGUGGUGGCAGAAUCCCAAAUGGACGCAGCGGGAUCACGGUCGCUCUUCAGGGAGCAGGAAGGGUCGGCCAACUUCUCAGAAGACCAAAGACUUGAGCCGGUGAUGCCGCUAGGAGCAUAUGUAAGGGGAGGACCCAGUUUCUUCAGCGGAGGGCAAGAUGGCUCUGGGUUUGGAGACCGCGGAGAAGCAGCUAUACCAGAGGAGAGGAGCAGAGCCCUGGAGUUCAGGGCAGGGGUGGUGUCCAGGCCCCUUGAAGAGGCUGUCUCCAGCUCUGGCAAGCUCCCUGCAGAAGCCGCCAGUGUGACAGCAGAAGGUCUGGCAGAGCAGUCUGGCACUGGGCUUGGCUUGAGUCUCCUGACGGCCGGCCUCUCUGUGGCCCUCCUUGCUCUGGGUGUCUCUGUCCUGGUCAAAAGAUGCCGUCCUUCCUCCCCGUCUCAGCGCAGCCCGUAACUCUAGCAGCAGCUUCUGUACAUACGAGAGCCAAGUAAAAGUGCUCUAAAGUUUG